CAAGCCAAUGGAGAGCCCGUGCCCGCGGUUUGCGAACCGUCAAUGUAGAGACAGACAGCCGUUCAUCUCCAGAUCCAGCACAGCAGCACCUGAAACCGGCAGCUUCACCUCAGAGGAUCCCAUAAAACAUCUCUGCUCCGGGUCAAAAUAAUCGGCACAGAUCGCGGAAUAUAACGUACUUCUGAAAAGACCCAACAUGAAGAAAAGCCAUUUGGUCAAAAGGGGUCUUCAGGAUGCCAACCAGCCGUCAUCCCAACCGGAUAAAGUAGGCUGGAUCCGCAGGUUCAGUGGCAAAGGAAUAUUUAGGGAAAUAUGGAGGAAUCGCUUUGUGAUGCUUAAAGGAGAUCAUCUGUUCAUCUUUGAAAAAGAGAUGAAAAAUAAUGGGAAAACUCAUGAAGUGUUUGACCUGGCGCAUUACGAGCGCUCAGAGGAGCUGCGAAAAGCCAAAAGCCACAGCAAGAAGAACCACAGUAAAUUUACCCUGCUCCGCUGCCAGCAUCCAGGAAACAAGAGCCCCAAUCUUGUGUUUCUGGCUGUGAGUCCAGAGGAGAAGGAAUCUUGGAUCAAUGUUUUAAAUACAGCAAUUACCCGAGCGAAGAACCGUGUGCUGGAUGAGGUCACGAUUGAGGAGGAGAGUCUUCUGGCUCAUCCGACUCGAGAUCGGGCCAAGAUCCCACUCGGCCGGCGUUUGCCAACGCGGGGUCAUUUAAUGGCUGUGGGCUCUGCCUCCUCAGAUGGAAUGCUGACCCUGGACUUGGUAAAUGAGGAAGACGCUGCUUUGCUGGAUGAAGAUGAGUGGUUGAAGGACCAUCAGGUCAGCCUGGAUAAGCUGGCUCCAGGCCGUCGACGUGCUGGCACCGAUGCCUCCAGGCCGCCAGCCUCCAUUACAGAAGCCCAGGAGAAAACCAGCAGCCUCCCGCGCAAAUCUGACCUCACCUGGGGUCACGAAGACCAUCCUCGCACACCCCAAAAUAAAAAGAAGUUUGCUCAGGGACGCAACCGAUGUGCUUCCAUGGACGACGCUUUAUCUAGAGGAGAGCGAAAACCUAAGAAGAAUACUCCGAGUCCCACGGGACACCUGCAGGAUCUGAUCACGCAGCGGCUGCAGAGGACUCAAGAACUGCUGGCUCAGAUUCAGGAACAGGAACCCCAUCGUGGACGGAUGGGAUCGUAUCCAUACCUGAGAGGAAUCGACUCUCCUCGUCUGCGCCACCUAAAGGGCUCGGAUUCGCCACACUCCAAGGGCUCAAGUUCACCCCACAGUGCAAACUCACCCUCAGUGCGCGCAAAAGACUCACCCACUUCCAAAAGCAAAGAAUCGCCUCAUGCGAAGUCAAAAGACUCCCCCCGAUUCAAGUCUUCCAAGAACGCGCUUCGCUCCAAAAGCAUCGAUUCACCUGAUUCAAAAGAGUCGAGUUCGCUUCAUAUGAAGUGCAUCGAUUUGACUCACAUCAAAGGUUCACAGUCGCCUCUGUCCACUGGCUCUAAUUCGCCGCAUAUGAAGUCUACAGAUUUUUAUCAGAUGUCUUAUUCACCAAAUUUUAGGAACAUGAAAGGUGGGGAUUCUCCUCUGGGUGAGGCUUUGGAUUGGGACAGCAGGAGGGCGGCUGCCGAACGCCUCUUACAGGAGGCCAUUUCAUCUUGGAGAGAAGCUAAAGAAGUUCUGGCUGAGGUAAAGGAGCUGCAGGCCAGACAGCGGCAGGAAGAGCUGAGUAAAACUGGAACGGCCUCACAGAAACUCCAGCAGAAAAGCCCUUGACCAAAUCUUUUGCUUUCUAAGACUCGUGAGCCUUUAUAAUGAAUGCAAGGAAGGAGAACAAUAGGUGGAACUUUCAGUGUUCUGCUUUAUCUCACGGUCUAUUGUUUGUCAAAUAACCUGUCGUUCCUCUGACACCUCAACCCUUUGUUUUUGCACUUUCAACUAUUGUAUUUUUAUAUGUGUGACUCCAUAUUGAAGGCUGUGCAGUUCUGUUUCUUUUGGCGAUGUGUGAUGCAACUGAUUAAACUGGUUCACUUUUUUUUUUUUUUUUUGCAAAAACAGCUCAGGUGAAGGAAACUUUGAGGAAACUUUGAGUUCUGAACAACAAACAAAAAAAUCUGCUGACAAUAUCAGGUUGGUCAAUCAUAAUUUCACAUGCAUCUCAGAUAUUUGUAUAAUAUUGCAGGAAAAAUUACU